CAUCUCAUCUGGGUUGUUGCUUGGACAGUCAUCUGCCGACUGUUUCAAGGACUCGCCUUUAUGAUCAAGCUAUAAUCAGCUUCUUCACAUAUUGCUUUACAUUACCUUACGACACAGGCCCACUGCUCGAGUCGAAUAUCCACAUACCGAUUCGUCAUAAUCCCCCUCGAGUCACCGCCAUCUCGACGCCGUCACGACACCCUCCUCAACUCUCCUCCACACCGCCUCUCUAGUCUCGAACGGCACCAUGGCCGAGUUCAGCGAGAAAGCUCCUUUGUCGAUCCGUCCCUCCGUCGACGCCAGCACCCAACCCAUCUCCACCACCACCACCCUCGGCAACGACUUCGACACCGCCAACCCAGUCUCCCCUUUCUACAGCCACCCCACCACGCGGCAGUCCCUCGAGAAAGCGGCCUCGGAAUCCCGCACCCGCCUCGACUUCUACGACCAAGACCUCGAAUCCCAACCCGCCUCCAUCCCCGCCGCCGCCUCGUCCACCACCCACCUCCCCAAGCCUUCCAUGGACGCCCGGCCCAAGGACUGCACCGUCUGGCCGACCCAGCGGACGCUCAAGCAGAAGGCGAAGAUCGCGAAGCGGGAGCGCGCAUGCAACCCGUUGCUAGGAUUGAAUAAGCGGCAGCGGUGGGGGGUCAAGGUUCUGAUUAUUCUUCUAGUGCUAGCGGCGGCGGUAGGGGUGGGGGUGGGGAUUUCGAGGGCGGUCGGCGGCGGGAUAUGGGCGGGGAAUGGGAAGACGAAGGAUAUUCCGUGAGGGGGUGGGACGUGGGGCCGUUGGAAGCAUUGGCGGGCGUUUCGGGAUCGAUUGCGCAUGAUACCAGCGGGAGGAUUUGACUUCGCAUCACUUUCGGAUGAGACUGACGCAACCAAACCCCGGGUUGUUGGGGUGGUUACGGAUGCGACAUGGCUCUUUCUUGUUCUUGGAUAUUCUUCUCCUUCAUAACGAUCAUAUU